UGCAGCCGCUUUGACACAGGGAAAGAAGCCUCGAUCGCCUCUCUCCGCAUCUUAAAUUGGUCCAGCGGAGCACCAAACUCGACCUGCGACGCGUUUUGACCCGUUUCGCAGAUCGCGGAGAAAACGGAAAUAUUAGAAGAAAAGGGUUCAUUCGAGAUCUCUCUCUCUCUCUCUCUCCGUCUUCCGCUCUUUUGAAUUCCCAGGUCUCUUUAGAUCGAGCUCCUCGUCCUUGUUCCGUUCUUCGCGUUCGAUCUCCCGGGAGGAACAUCAUGGCCCCAGUGUCGGCGCUCGCCAAGUACAAGCUAGUGUUCCUGGGGGAUCAGUCCGUGGGGAAGACGAGCAUCAUCACCCGGUUCAUGUACGACAAGUUCGACAACACCUAUCAGGCUACAAUUGGCAUCGAUUUUCUGUCAAAGACUAUGUACCUUGAAGACCGAACAGUCAGACUGCAGCUAUGGGACACAGCUGGGCAGGAGAGAUUCAGGAGCCUAAUCCCAAGUUACAUACGGGACUCUUCGGUUGCAGUCAUUGUAUAUGAUGUUGCAAGUCGGCAAUCUUUCUUAAAUACUUCAAAAUGGAUUGAAGAAGUUCGAACGGAGAGGGGAAGUGAUGUCAUCAUUGUCGUUGUUGGGAAUAAAACAGACCUGGUUGACAAAAGGCAAGUCUCUAUAGAGGAAGGAGAAGCUAAAGCACAGGAACUUGGUGUCAUGUUCAUUGAGACAAGCGCAAAAGCUGGCUUCAAUAUAAAGGCUCUGUUUCGAAAGAUUGCUGCUGCUCUCCCAGGGAUGGAAAAUCUUUCUUCAACUAGGCAGGAAGACAUGGUCGAUGUGAAUCUGAAGGCCACAAAUGCGAAUUCAUAUCAGUCGCAGCAACAGUCUGGAGGUUGUAGCUGUUGAAUUUAUCAUAUUUAUAGAGGUGUUGUAUUUUCUCAGAUUCCAUCGACUUAUAAAACUGCAUCAGCAAAAUUAGGAUGGGAUGGUUUAUGGUAGUUUUGCCUGCGCAAGUCUUCUGUUAUUUCCUGGUGUGUGCUAAACAUUAUUUUCUGCAUUUUCAGAUUAUUUUUUCUUGUUAGAGGGAUCAUGUAUUCUUCAAUUGCAGAGAGAGGUGGUAACACUAAUAAAUAAUGUGUGUUUAACUUGGUCUUAGGAAAUAUAGUUAAUAGAAAGUUAUCAGUCAA